CCGUCAUCAGUAGUCGCCGUACCGCGCAGCCACGUAACCUCUCACCUUCUUAGUUUUUAGUAGUCGGUAGUGUGGAGGAGAGUGCGGAGAGAGAGGAGAGAGAGAGAGAGAAAGAGAGAGAAGGAGUAAAGUAAUUGGCGAAGCAAGAUCAAGGGAAGAGAGAGAGAGAGAGAGAGAGAGAAAGAGAGAAAGAAAGAGAGAGAGAGAGAGAGAAAUAUCGGAGUCAAAAGAGCGAGCGAGAGGUCGACAGCCUUUUUCCCUCGUGUACUCUAUUAGUCGUCGUCGUCAUCGUCCUCGUACUCGUCCUCCUCGUCGUUAUCGUCGUCAUCUUUGCCGCCUCGUCGUUGUCGUCGUCGUUGUCAUCGUCGUCAUCCGGCGCGACAGGCGCGGGUAUAUCCUAACCCAUUUCGCAUACCUCCUUCGCCGUCAAUAAUCGCGCUCUCGUCGUAGUGCCGCGCGAUUAUCAGCGUACGCAUCACCCUCCGUAAUCCGGAGUGUGUGUGACCGAAAGGUAGAGAUAGAGCGAGAUAGAGCGCGAGAGAGAGAGAGAGAGAGAGAGAGAUAGAGAGAGAGAGAAAGCUCCGAAACAGUAGUUGGAGCACCGGUACAACUGGAACAAGUUCCGAGGGAAGUCUCGCGCGUGUCGUGACACCACCCCCUUUUCGUACGUCACGAGCCUUGCCGCGACGACGCUCGCCGCUGCCGUCGGCGACGAGAUCACCGUCGCGAGCAUUGAGCAACCGAGGAGCACCGUCCGCAACUGCAGCAGCAUCAUUUAUCCACAACAACACUAGACAGCCACUCAUUACUUCGGACUCGAGCGAACUUGCCGUCGCUUCCACUCCGAGCACGCGAGAGCCUCGCGACGACGACGACGACAACGAGUAAUCGUGCGUCGCGCGCUGUUAUGGAGUCCCAGAACCAGGAGAUCGUAGCGAGCGGCUCGCCCGCCGAGGUGCCGAACGAUCCAGGGAAAAUGUUCAUCGGCGGUCUAUCUUGGCAGACCAGUCCAGAGAGCCUCAGGGAGUAUUUCACCAAGUACGGAGACAUCACAGAGGUUAUGGUUAUGAAAGAUCCCACCACACGACGAUCAAGGGGCUUUGGAUUCAUCACAUUCGCAGACCCUGCGAGCGUAGACAAAGUGCUGGCGCAGGGCAAUCACGAACUGGACGGCAAGAAAAUCGACCCAAAGGUAGCAUUUCCUAGGAGAACACAUCCAAAGAUGGUGACAAGGACAAAGAAGAUCUUCGUCGGGGGAUUAUCGGCGCCGACGACGCUGGAGGACGUCAAAAAUUACUUCGAACAAUUCGGUCCGGUAAGUAUAAAAACUUACGUCAUUAUUACAUUGCCUCUCAUUGUAAAGUUAAAAUUGUUAAACUCAACGGACUUUGUUUAACCCUUAAUACACACCUU